AUGUCUGCCCUCCGCCCCGGCCUCAAGCUGCGAUCCUUCGCACGCCUCCCUGCUGCCCGCACUAUCAGCACUACGCCGCUGCGGGCAGCUCAGCCAUACUUUUCCAAUGAGCCUUCUGGUCCAACAGUGUCCACGGCCAUCCCGGGGCCAAACAACAAGAAGGCCGCCGCGGAACUGAAUGAGGUGUUUGAUGUGCGCAGCUUGAACAUGCUGACUGACUACACCAAGUCCAUUGGAAACUACAUUUCUGAUCUCGACGGGAACACUCUCCUUGAUGUUUACGCCCAGAUUGCCUCUAUCCCCGUCGGAUAUAACAACCCCCAUCUCGAGAAGGUGGCCACAUCGCCCGAGAUGAUUACCUCCUUAAUCAACAGACCAGCUCUGGGUAACUUCCCCUCCGCUGAAUGGGCCAACAUCCUCAAGACCGGCGUCCUCAAGGUUGCCCCCAAGGGCCUGAACCAGGUGUACACUGCCAUGGCCGGUUCCGACGCCAACGAAAUUGCCUACAAGGCGGCCUUCAUGUACCGUCGCCAAUUGGAGCGUGGAGGACCCGAGGCCGACUUCAGCGAGCAAGAAUUGGAGUCCACCAUGGUGAACCAGCAGCCUGGAUCCCCGCAAUUGUCCAUCCUGUCCUUCAAGUCCGCUUUCCACGGCCGUCUCUUUGGCAGUCUGUCUACUACUCGUAGCAAGGCUAUUCACAAGUUGGAUAUCCCCGCCUUCGACUGGCCCCAGGCUACCUUCCCUUCUCUGAAGUACCCGCUUGAGGAGCAUGCUCAGGAGAACGCUCAAGAGGAGCAGCGCUGCCUGCAGGAGGUUGAGCGUCUUAUCAAGGAGUACCACAACCCCGUUGCCGCCGUCAUGGUCGAGCCCAUCCAAUCCGAGGGUGGUGACAAUCACGCCUCGCCCGCCUUCUUCCAAGGCCUGCGCGACAUCACCAAGCGCACCAACGUCCUCUUCAUUGUCGACGAAGUCCAGACCGGUGUCGGUGCAACCGGAAAGUUCUGGGCCCACGACCACUGGAACCUCGACACCCCUCCGGACAUGGUCACCUUCUCCAAGAAGGCCCAGACGGCCGGUUACUAUUAUGGCAACCCCGCCCUGCGCCCCAACAAGCCCUACCGCCAGUUUAACACCUGGAUGGGUGACCCGUCCCGCGCUCUGAUCUUCCGCGGUAUCAUCGAGGAGAUCGAGCGUCUGGGUCUGGUUGAAAACACCGCUGCUACUGGUGCUUAUCUGUACGCCGGUCUUGAGCGUCUUUCGAAGCAGUACCCCCAGCAUUUCCAGAACCUGCGUGGUAAGGGUCAGGGUACCUUCAUUGCUUGGGACUCGCCUAAGCGGGAUGAGAUCCUGGCUAAGGCUAAGAAUGUUGGUGUCAACAUAGGUGGAAGCGGACAGAGUGCUGUUCGAUUGAGGCCUAUGCUUAUCUUCCAGAACCAUCACGCCGAUAUUCUCCUGGAGAGACUCGAGCAGGUGAUCAAGAUGCUGUGA